UCUCAUAUCAAACAACAAAACAUAAGUAGAGACAAAUAUUCAUAUUUUUAUCACAAAAAUAAAGAAAGAAAAGCAAACACACAAAUGGCUUUGGCUCUGAGGUUCUUCACUUGCAUUGUUCUGACAGUGUGCAUUGUUGCAUCAGUAGAUGCAGAAAUCUCAUGUGGCACAGUGGCAAGUAGCUUGGCUCCAUGUGCCAACUAUCUAUCGAACGGUGGGGAGGUUCCGCCUCCGUGCUGUGCUGGAGUCACUAAGUUGAAUGGCAUGGCUCAAACCACACCAGACCGUCAACAAGCAUGCAAAUGCCUACAGUCCGCUGCAAAGAGCGUUGCUGGUCUUAACCCAAGUCUAGCCGCUGGUCUUCCUGGAAAGUGCGGUGUUACCAUUCCUUAUCCCAUCUCCAUGAGCACUAACUGCGACACCGUCAAGUGAAGUGGAAGUUUAAUUAUAUCAGCAUGUGUAUGGAGAGUAUGGUUUAGCAUAAAUAAAAUAAACACACGUCUAUGGACGCUGCUAUCACACUACGCCUUUGUCCUAUGGUUUUCCUAAGUUGUAUCUUAAUAUGUUUGAGAUAUGAUGAUAUCAUUGUAAUCCUAUGAAUCUAAUAUAUAUUAGCAUAACUUAUAUCCA